AUGAAAAUUAAACCUCAAAUCUUUCCUAUUGCUACAAGUUUAUGUUGUGCUACUAGCUUUGUUAGUGGGUAAGUUCAAAGAGGUUUUAAUAGCUAAGAAAUUUUUGAGCUAGGCAAUGGUAGGGCAGGUAAGAGCAGGGUAGGGUACUAAAAAGCAGAUUAGAGCUGAGGAAGGUAAGAUAAGGUAAGGUAGAGCAGAAAUGAGCUUGUGGCAAAAAACGUAGGGCUAGAGCUGGAGCUAGGGCCAGAGCUAGAGCUUGAACUUGAGACAGAGCUAAAACUUGAGCUAGAGCUAGAACUUUAGCUAGCGCUAGAGUUAGAGCUAGAGCGAGAGUUAGAGCUAGAACUAGAACUUGAGCUAGAGCUAUGGCUAAAGCUAGAGCUAGAGUUAGAGCUAGGGCUCAGAUUGGAACUAGGAUUAAGACUAGGAGUAAAAGUAGGGGUAUUUGACGAAUGGCAAGAACUUUGUGUACAACACAUAACAUGACAAUUUUAGGUAUGUAAUAAAUGUCAUACUGGACAAAUCAGAAGCCUGGAUAUCAAAAAUCAGCGAUGGAGGUGGUGUGAUGCCUGCUAGUGGCGUUUUUGCCAUUUUUCUUAAUCUUGGAGUUUUUAAUUGUAAGGCUACUAUUAAAAUUUCAAAAUUGAAGUAAAAUACGAAAUAUGGAAUAGUCAAUGUUAAUUUUGGUUUUGAACUCCAAAAAUGGCUCUUAAACUUUUCAAAUUACAAAAAACUCGCCAAAACUUUUCAAAUUUCAAAAAUUUUGCUAAAAUUUUUUUUUAAAAUUAAUUUUUAGGGCUGUUAACAGGCUUCUUUGUUCACAUAAGCCUAUCACAACACAUUAAAAAGCAUUCUAAUCACAAUUCAAAGCUACAUUACGUAUUAUACUACAUGGUAUUCCUAUGUAUAACAUCAGCAAUAGGUCUACUGUUAGUAGCUGCUUUUCCAAUUACUUUAUUACGAAAAGUUCAUGGCCUUGCAGCUACUGUAGCAUUUUUGAAUGGAUGUUUAUAUUUAUGGGUUAACGUGCUGUUUUUGAUGUUUUAUCGACCAAGGUUGAUAGCUUUUUGGAUAAGUGUUGGUCAACUUGUUGGAGUUGUGUUUACCAGUUUUUGCGUUUUUACACGUGAGUUUUCAAAUUUUUUAAAUGGAAAUGCAAUAUUUUUGUUUUUAAAGUCUGAAAAGAAAGUCUUUGCAAUUUUAUGUUUUGUAAAGAAAGUUCUUGCCAAUUUUACGUUUUGUAAAGAAAGUUCUUACCAUUUUGUUGAAAAACAGCAAUGUAUUGUGUUCGGCAGUCUGCGGAUGGCAAGUUAUAUGAUAAAUAACAUGUAAACAGCCUGUCAUUUAAUUUUUGUUAAUGUAAAAUACGAUAUUGUCUUCUGUUUUUUUAUAUAUUAAGUGCCGACAUAAAGAAUCCGCCAUACUUGUUCUGUAACCUUUUGUAAAAAAUGGCGGGUUUUUUAUGUCGGCACCGAAUAAACCUAGUAUUUUAACAGCAUUUUUAAAAAUAAUUUUAGAUGUUCUUCUUGGAAACAGUAAAUUAUUUGUAAGCGAAGUAAAUGGCACAAGACCAGACAAACCCCAAUAUAAAAUCGACCAACUUGUUCGACUUCGUCCGGGUGAUCCGGUAAGUGAAAAAUAGUUAAAAAAUUUUUUUGUUAUUAUUUCUUUUGUAAAAUACGAAAAUGUUCUUGAUGAUAAAUGUAAUACGUAUAUCCUUUUUCAAACUUUGAGUUACAGUAGAACUCCUGUACAACGAAUCGCUCAAAGGUCUUAAAUUUGUUUGGUAUGAAGGAGUUUUGUUAUAUAUAUAUAAUAGCAGUUUCAAAUGCACUGUGUCAUGUCAGCUAAGGAUUAUAAAACUGUUGAUUACACUGAAAUUUUGUUAAAGAAGAGCUCGUUAUACAAUUGUUCUACUGUAACUUUUUUUUAGUUUUAUUUUUAAAAUUUUUUUUCAAAAAAUUUUUUCAGUACUACAUGAACAACAUGAUUGGAUCAAUAACAGAAUGGCUAUUAGCACUAGGAUUUUGCCUUAUAACAGCUUCAUUUGCCUUACAGCUUCCGACAUAUGAACUCGCACUGAUACUUAGAGUUAAAAAGGCUUAUAUUUGUAAAGUGCAUAUUGAAAAAGAAUAA